AUGAAAUCAUUUAAUUCAUUUCUGAAAUUACUUCACAUCUAAUGGGAAUAAAUAUGUAGUGAUGAUAUUUCAGAUUCAGUAAGAGAUAAACUCAAAUCAUCUCUAUAAAAUCAAACUAUAUUAGAAUCGAGGUUCAUUUCGUUAUCCAAAACAAAAAGUGAGAAUCCAUAAGAAUAUGAAAGCUUUUUCGCUUAAGAGAGAGACUCCCCAUUCUUUUCAACUUAUUUGCUCAUCUGCACUGUUAUCAAAGAAUACUAUUCAUAAACUGAUAACAUGUUGAGUGAAUUGUCACCUAGUCUAUUAAGCUCUAGUUCAACUUAAUAAUAAAUAACUAUAGAAUCAAUCAUAGACUGUAUGGAUAAUCUACUUUAUGAGUAUGAAAAAUUAACAGAGAUCAAUUUAAUUGUUAAAUCAGUCAUAUUCGAAGUAUUUUAUUAGGUUGGAGGAAAUGUCACAAUCUUUGUAAAGAAUUUAAUGCUUAAUAAUGAUUAGCAACAUUUGCCUUAAAAAUACGUAAAGGCAUUCAUUAAUUUAUAAAAACUUUUAAAAUUGAAUAUCUCUCUAAAUUUCAAAGAAAAACAAAAGAUACUGCCUUUUAUUUAUUAAAUGUUAUUAGGAAAUGCUCUAUAUUUUGCCUAUUUAGAUGAAAUCGAAUAUUAGAAUUUCAUGGAUAUUUUUUCAUUAUUUUAAUAAUGUUUUUUAGAAAAUUACAAACAAUUACAAGAGUUAAGUGAUAUUGAACAAUUUUAGGAGGUACCAUUUUGUUAAGUUUAUUCAUAAUGUUUAAAAUAGAAAUAUCAAUAAUAGUAAUAUUCUUAAUUUUUACAAUCUAAUGUUACUAGAUGGAUUGAUUAGAUCAAGGAGUUUAAUGAUAUCAAUUAUUAUUUGAUUUUUGUUUAUUUGAUUUAAGCAACAGAGUUUGUUGAUAUCAUCAAUUUUGAUAUUGAAAUAAUUAAAAUAAGAAAUCUAUAAAUUAUAAAUUUAGUAAAGUAAAAGAAUAAUAGAGUUGUUGGUCAUCUAUUUAAUCAAAUAUUAUAGAAUCCUUAAUUAUAAAGUCAUAUGUAAUAUUUUGAUGAAAUAUUUUAACAUUAGAAUCAUGAAACUAAAUUAAUCUAUUUUAAAUUAAUUGGAGAACAACUAUUAUAGAUAAACAACACCUAAAUUAUAGACUAGUAUCUUUGCGUUCACCUAAAUGGAUUAAAAGAGUUUAUUAAUGUCAACAAUCUAAGUACCCAACAACUUAUUCAAUUUAUAACAUAUUUAUGUAGAUAUUACAAUCAGUUUAACUAAAAUUAAAAACGAGAAUUCGAUUCUUUGAUUAUUUAGUUUUAUUCUUAAGAAAUCAAGGAUGAAUAAUAUUACAAGAAGUUUGAUUAAAAAAUCUUACAGUUGCUAGAAGAUGAAUAAAUUUAUUAAUAAAUUAUCGAUAUUGCGAUUAAAAAUUCCUCAAGAAGCAAACAACAUAGUUAUGGUUUCUUGGUUUUCAUUUAAGAUUCCAUCUCAAUCAAUUCUGAAAGCCUACCCCAUAUUCUCAAAUUUAUCCACUUUUUAAUGGGUUCUUGUAAGAUAAACAAGAAAAAAUAAAAUAAGAGAAAUAUCAAUUAUAAGAAGGGAAAAGGAACUAGAAUCCUGGAUUUUCUAUUGUCCAAUAUGAGAAUUUUUAUAACAAUAAUAAAAAAUGUUUAUGAUCUUAUGAUCAAGGAAUCUAAUUUUAAUUCUGUCGAAAAAUAACAUUAAUUAUACACCGAAAUCUAUCAUAAAAUCACUUAUAUCAUAUACUUAAUAUAUUGGUUGAUUGAAGAUAAGAGCAUAUUAAAUUCAGGAGGCAUUUAAUAAAUCAGUUUGGAAUUAUGUCAGAUUCAUUAUAAAUUCACAAUCAACUUAAUAGUUAUUCUACAGAAAACCAACAAUCUUUCAUCGAAUACUCUUUACUAAAUAAUUAAUAAUAUCAAUUCUAUUGCUCAUGGAUAUGAUUAUAUCAAUUAUAUUAAAGAGUCUUAUUUUGAUAAAAAUAAUAAUUUAAUAAAUCCCUAAGAUGUAUUUGAAUAAUUAAACGAAAAACGAGUUCAAAUGAAAUUGAUUUUUAACAAAUUCUAUGAAACAAGCUUAAGUAUACUGUUUGAAGUGCCAAAUAUCACAAUAGAUAGGACAUUUUAUUUGCAAAUUUUGAGAUUUCAACUAAAAACCCAGAUCUCCCUUGUGCUUUCGUUUACAGAUUUUUGUCCUAAGUUUAUUUUCUAUUUCAGAAUUGAAAGAGACCCUGAAGUAAUUAGUUUAAUGAAACAAUGUGCAAUCAUUGUGGUUUCAUUGAACUAAGAUCCUUAAAUAAUAAAAUAACUAUUUGAAACACUAAGUUAUCAUUAAUCCACAAUAUUGAUGAAUGAUCUUGAUGAAAUGUAAUUAGAUGUUAAUGAUAAGGAUGAUAUUUAAUAAGCAUAUAGAUUGGCAAACUUAUCACCUUAUCGAAUUCCUUUAUUACUUCAAAGUAGUCUAUUAUUAAGAUUGGUUGAUGAUAAAAAUUAUUACAUUAAAGUUGUUAAGAUAAUUUUGGAGAUUUUUCUAUAGGUUUACUAAUAGUGGCAGGAAAUUUUGUAAUCCCUAUAAAAAUAAUCAAAUCUUUUAUAUUUUUAAGGUGGAUCAUCAUCUAUUCAGGUCAAUUUGAAUCUUGUUAUACCCAUUUAAUUAAUUGAGAUUAGAAUGAAAUUAAGACUUAUCGUCUAGGAAAAUGAAACUCCGAGUAUGUAAUAUUUAGAUAGAAUGAGUUUUGGGUCAUUUUUAGUUAAUUCUGAGUAUGUUGGAAAAUUGAUCAUAUUUACAUUAAUAUUUGCAAAAAACUAAGAAAUUCAAAUAUCAAUUAAUAAAUAGAAAUUUAUCAUCACUUAUAAAUAGGAUGAAUAUGAUUAGGAAGAAGGGAUCUCAAUCAAAUUCGAUUUAUCAUAGUGGUUUAAUUUGAAUUUUUACAUAAAAAAUAAUAAUAACAAUCCAUAAAUGAUACUUGAGAUUAAUGAAACUAAAUAUACUCUGUAAUUCAAAUUACCUCAAAAUCAAAUACUAUAACUUAAUUAAUUCGUUUUGGGAGUUACAUUGAAUUUUGAUAUAGAAUAAUCACAACAAAUGAAUAAAAAACAAAAGUUUUAAACAUAAUUCCUUGAUUCUUUUAUAUUUUUGAAUUAAUCAUUCGAUGGAUAAAUAUCAGAAUUCAAUUUUAUAAUAAAUGACUAAAAAAUUAAGUUUGAACAAUCUAGUAAUACAAAUCUAUAGAAGCAAACUAAAAACUUUAUUAAUUCAGGAGUCAUAAUUGAAGAGGAAAUUGAAUUUGAUGAUAUCUUUUUGAUUACCCCUUGUAGACAAAUUCAACCUAUAAUGUGCAGUCAAAAUGUCUAUAUUUUGGAUAUGAAAAAAGGACUUGAUUUCAUAUAAAAGUCAGGAGGGUACAAUGUCUUUUAUAUGGCAUUGGAUGUAUUAUAUGCUGUAUAUGAAAAUACAAAUCUAAGUGAUUCUGAAGAGAUUUUGAUUUUGAUUUUGAAAUUGUUUGAGGAAGACAUAUAAAGGUAGGCUUCCUAAGUGUCUAGAUUUGUUGAUUCUAGAAAUCUUAAAAUAUUUGAGGAACAUUGCAAAUAAUGGAUUUAAAUAAAUUAACAAGUUUCAGAUUAGUUCAUUAAAUAAUUGUUAUCGAUUUUUUCUAAAAUAGGAGAUGAGAAGACUUCUAUUUAAUAUUUAAUAACUGUUAUAAAGAUAUUAGACAAUAAAAUAACAACUGUUGAAUAGAUGAAAUUGAUAUUCAAGUCAAUAGUAAUUCAAACAUUACUCAAGCCAGAAAAUUUAAAUUAAUUAAUUAGUGUUCAACUAUAUUUUGAAAGCAGAUAAAUAUUUACUUAAGUUUCAUUAACAAAGGCUAAACCUUUCAUCAACCUUGAAUCAAAUAAUUUAUUUUCACAUUCCUUAACUAAAUGCAUCCAAUAUUAAGGAGUUGUGCGAACAAUAGAUUUUCCUCGCCUUUCUGAAUUUUUUAAUUUGCUAUUAAGUUAAGAACAGUUUAAUCUAUUUACUUUAGACAUAUUAUAAAUAAUAGAGGUAUUGAUAGUAGAUUUAAUGAAAUCAAAAAGUAAAUUGAAAUCGGAAGAGGACAAUUUAUUAAACAGUUAUAAAAAGAACAUUGUAUAAAUUUUAGAUAAGUAAAAUAAAUUCCAUACAAUAAAUUAAUAUUUUAUGUAUGAAUCAGAGGUAUUUGACAAAUUAUAUGAAUUAACUUUUUCAAUUUAUGUUUCAAUAGUUUAAAAGCAGAGGGUUAAUUCAAAAAAGGAUACAGAAUUAGGGUCAUUGUAAAUUUAUUAUGAUUAUUUUUCACCUCAAACAUAAACAGAGGUUGGAUACUUUUUUAUUUCAAAAAUAUUAUCAUUAAUAAGUCAAAAUGAGAAGGAUGAGAAUUUAAUUCAUCAACUAUUGAAGUUUUUGAAUUAAUUGUAUGCAAACCAGUAGAUAAAAGAUGCCAUGAAGGAAACCCUGACGAGUUAUUUUUUGGACAUAUUUAAGAGUGUUGUCUUAAGAAAAUAGUAAUCAGAGGUUUUAAUAAUGAAUCUGAUGCAGUUUUCAGAUUUUGCUCUGUUAAUGAAACAUCUAAUGCCUCAUUCUAUAAAUAAGAAGUAAAACUCUUCGGAAUUAUUCACUUAUUUCAUAAUAUAUCUAAUAGAAGUGUAUCCUAAAUGCACAAGUGAGAUUUUAUAUAAAGUUCACAUUGAAAGCAAUUUGUUCAAUAAGGAUAGUUUUAAUUCAUUUCUAUAAGCUAUAUAUCCUAUAAUAAUACAGUUUUAUGCUAUGAAGUAGGUACAGUAAUUUUAAGGACAAGAAGAUGAGAGAAAAUUGAUAAGUAUUAUAACAGCAUAUCUACAUAUUGAAUAAUGCUUUGGAGAGAUAUCAGAUUAGGAAUUUGUGAAUUGGAACCUAUAUUCUUAGAUAAUGGACAAAGGGAUUGAUCUCUUUAAUUAUUUGGAUGUCUUAUUCUAUGAUCGCAAUUUCUACAUGCCUGAAAAUGAUGAUAAUUUUAAUUGGGACACCGUCAAAUAAGAGUUUGAGAAGCAAAGAAAAUAGAGCAAUAGAGUUCUUCCCAAUGGAGGCAUAAAAAGAUUAAUGAGACAAUUGAUAGCACCAUAUGUUAAAGUACCAUAGAUGAAAAAACCAAUAAAAAAUUAUCUGUCUAUCAACAAAAAGAAUUGCUUAGAUGGUAAGAUUGACUAAUAAAGUUGUCUAUUAGUAAAAAAAUUAAUAGAUAAAGAAUUUUCAGCUCCUCUUUUGUAAACUAAGAAAAUCUAAUUAAAAAACUACAAUUAGUUGUUUCAAGAUGCUGGAUUUUAAAGAGUUAAAUAAAAAGAAACAAUAGUAAGGAAAUCAAGAACAAGGAAGCAUUCUAAUUUUUACUAGAGUUUAAUUUAUUACGCUCUUUCCUAAGACAGUUCAUUUGAUGAAACAUAAAUUAAGAAUCUACAAGAAAUAUUUGGGAAGUAUUAAUUGACUAAAUUAUAUGAAUGGAAAAAUGUGAAUCAAAAUUAUGUUGAAUGUUUAAUUUAUUAAUAGGAAGCAUCUUAAGAUUAGAUAUUAAUGGCUUUGAAUUAACUGAAUAAAAUUAGAACAGAAAAUAAAUAGAACAAUUUAAAAUCGUUGCAAAACACGUUUGAUUUAUCAUAGAUUGAUCAAAUCAGAGAGGAUACUGCAUUUGCGAUUCAAUAAAGUAUAUUUAUGGAUUUUCAAAUAUAUUACCAAUUCGUUCAUAAAAUUUGGUUGUUGUUUCCUAAGAUAGCUGAUUUUACUGAGAUGCCAAAGACAUAAAGUAAUCUAUCAGCACAUCACCACUCAUCCUUCUCUGAAAUGAGUAUACCCAUUUUUAGAGAUUCCGCUAAGAAAUACUGGGAUAAAGAGUGUCUUGACUUAAAGUAAAGACAAGGCUUAUGGUUUUUUGUAGAUGACUAUCUCCAAGUUCUCUAUUAAGAACUAAAUAAUUUUAUCUCCCACCAAGAAUUUAAAUUUGAAGUUUUGGAGAAUAUGCAAAUGAAAAUGUAGGUUUGCCAUUUGGAAGAUAUCACCAGAAGAAGACCACAUUUAACUUAAAUAAAAAUGAAAAACUUUUAUAAACCAUACUUAAAGACUAAUAAUUAAGCCAGAAAGAAACUAAUCACUCUUGAGGAAUCAAGCAUAGACAAAAGUAAAUCAAAUAUCAAUACUUCCUUUACAAUCUUAUUGUAAAAAUCGGAUAACAUAGAAGAAUCUUUGAGUCAAAGUUUAAUUAAGAGAGCCAAACGAAGAUCAUCUAUUAGAUCCGAAUAACUAAUAACAAAUUAAGCUAGUGCAAUCAUUUCAAGUUUUAGAAAGGGGUCAUCAGAUAGUAAUUAAUUAGUAACUGCCAAAUAUUUUUGUGAAUAUAUAACUUAAGAAGCAGCCUAUCAAGGAGUGUUGAGAUUUAAUGAUAAGAAUCAAUCUCUUAUAUUCAAAUCAGAAAAAAUUGACAUAAAGGAAUUAUUUACUAGUCCAGAAGUUAAAUAAACAACUGAAGAAAUAUUUCUGGAAAUAUCUCUGUCUCAAAUACUUAGUGUGCAUCCAAAGAGAUUUUUAUUAAAUGAGAUUGCUAUUGAGAUAUUUCUUCAUAGACAGAACUUCUUUUUCAAUUUAUAUAGAUAUGAAAAACAACAAGAAUUAGUGUCAGAAUUAAAGAGAAAGAAAGUCUAAGUAGUUGAUCCAAUUGAAGAAUUUAGGAAGAGGAAUUAUUAAUAGAAUUGGGUUGGAGGAUAGUUAUCCAAUUUCCAAUAUUUAAUGUUAGUCAAUACAUUUUCAGGAAGAACCUAUAAUGAUCUAAGUUAAUACUUCAUAUUUCCUUGGGUCAUUUCAAAUUAUAAAUCAUAACAAAUUGAUUUUGCCUGGAGGAAAUAAGGAAAUUAACUUAGAAAUCUUAAAUUACCAAUGGGUGCAAUAUCAAAGAAAUCUGAAGAUAUCUUAAAAGAUUAUAAGGAGAGAGAUCUGGAUUGUAUUGACGAAAACUUCAUGUAUGGAUCCCAUUAUUCAAAUGCUGCAAUUGUUUUCAACUAUUUAAUAAGAUUAGAGCCUUUUAAUGAACUGCAUUUUUCGUUAUAAAAAAAUAAAUUCGAUGUGGCAGAUCGAUUGUUCUCUAAAAUAGACAUCCUAUGGGAAAACAGUGUAAAAUAAGACAACAAAGAAUUGAUACCAGAAUUUUACUAUAUGCCUGAAUUUCUAAGGAACAUAAACUUCUUCGAUUUUGGGACAUUGCAAUCACAAUCUAGAGUCACUGAUGUAGAAUUACCCAAGUGGGUCAAGACCUAGACAGCUGAAGAGUUUGUGUAUAGGAUGAGAUAAGCAUUGGAAAGUGAUGCAGUAUCGAGUCAAUUGAAUCAUUGGAUUGAUCUGAUAUUUGGAAUCAACAAUAAUGGAUAAAAUGCAGUGGAAAAUGUGAAUGUCUUUCAUUAUUUGACUUAUGAACAAAACCUACAAUUGAUUUUAAAUAAGAAUGAGGACCAUGGAACCAUUCAAUCAUAUUUAACUCAGGUGUAUUACUUUGGUUAAACCCCUAAACAAUUGUUUCAGAAAGCUCAUUAGAAAAAGAAAUAUAGUUUAUCGUUAUACACGAAUUAGAUCCCCUACUUUGGUGAAAAUCCGAAUAAAGCAAAUAAGGGGUUUAUCUAUUAAUCCAAGCUUGAUCUGGACAAAUCAUCAAUACUAGGAUUUUACCCUUAUUCGAAGAAAUGCUUUUAUAUUUUGAAGGCGGAUAAUGACAAAUACAAUCAUCUAACCUUAUUGGAGACUAAACAGUAAGAAGAGGAGGGAUAUUAUUAUUACCAUUGUCAACCAAAAUAGUUGGCGAAGUUGCCUGAGAUAAAAGUGGAUGGAUGCAAUCCUUAGAAUAUGUUUACUUUCAUUUAUGAAUAAGAGCAUUAUUUUGGAGAUGGAUUUGACUCUUAAUUUUAUAGUAUUUACGAGGAGAAACAGAAUUACAAUUUAUAUUUCUGUUUGGUAGGAUUCUUAGAUAAGAGUGUAAAAAUCUAUGACCUAAAGAAUAAGAUGACUGAACUCAGGAUAGAUGUUUCUAUUUCAAAUGCAAAGAGAUAAAAAAGGGCAUCUUGUGUUAGAUACCAUGCUGUAACUAAGAUUUUAGCUGUAGGAUCUUUGGAUGGCUUACUCUAAUUAUUUUAACUCCAAUUCGGAUAAUAAAUUUAAGCUAAGGGAGUCCUCUCAAAGUAAUUAAGGAAUGGAAUUGUGAGUAUCGAUUUAACAGAUUUAAACAUAUUAACAGUAGAUCAAAAGAACAUAGCGAGUUUGUUUACUUUGGAAGGAGACUUAUUACAAACAAUUUAAUUGGAUAACUCAGAUAAAAUUAGUCAAUGUUGCAUCUAGCUUCACUUUCUAGUAUUUAAGAGUUCAAACUCUUAAAUUUCAUUAUACACAAUAAAUGGGAAAUAGUAUUUGCAGACUAUACAAUUAAUGGAUAAGGUUUCCAAGAAUAUCCUGUUCACAACUCCCUUCUCAUCUAAAUUUUUGUUGUAUUCGUCGAAUCAACAAGGGGAUGAAAUAGGGUCUAGAAGCGAUCCUUUUAUUUAUUAUUAUGACAUAUUUGACUUGAAGUUGCAGCAACAACAAUUAGGAAUAUACAUGUCUAGAAGGGGAGCCAAAAGGGGAAGCGGAGUCUAAGCACUUCAUAUUAGCUUUGAUAGAUGUCUCAUUACAGAAUAGAAUGAGAUUAAACACAUCUAUUUGAUUGCCAUAGAUAAUCAGAUCCUGUUCUACUUGGAUGAAUAAUAUGAUUAAAGACUGGUACUCAGAUAAAAAUUGAAGGAAGGAGGACUCUCUAUAAUUUGA